GCCGCGGCCCGAAUCUACCAUCACUGCCCUUGCAGCCGAAAGUCGAAGUAGAAACAUCCGUGGACCUACCCCCACUACCGUCGUUUCCAGACCGUGCGCUACUCUGUACAUUCUGCACUCAAACUCAAUUGCACUUUUACUCCGUCGUCGAACUGGGUAGGUGUUGAUGAACUUCUGAUGAAUUUCAAACAAAAAAAAAGGAAGAAUUUAUUCUCGGAUUAGAGUUGCGUGUGAUACUGAGAUCCACGAUUGGUAAUUUUUUGAUAUCGUUUGACAUUGUACUAUUUUUUUUAUUUGAUACGCGUGAAUCUAUCACUUACGUGCCUGGAUCAUUUAAUUCGCGCGAAUAAAACCUGUGUAAUACAUGUGCCAGAGAAGUGAACUAUGGAAUUGUACUAAUCGUGAAUUUUGUUCGUGACGUCAUAAACCACCUCAAGUAUUAAAAUGGAUUUUAGCACGUUGAUAUCCGUUGCAAAGGACAAUGAAACCAGCAAACAGACCGCUCCAUGCUAUCGGACGAAAUUUGCUCCACCGAAGAAGCAGACUAAACAGUCGAAAACUCUUUCCGAAAAUAUCAAGAAGUUUCUAGCUCGGAAGGAGGAAGAGGAGAGACACAAAGCUCUGGAGGAAAAGAAAAAGAAAGAUAACCUUUUAUCGUUACGAGAUCACAAAGCACAAAGUCGGAUAAAUAAACAUUUGAAAGUGUGUAAAGCAGCUAACAAAUCAGUAAUUGCGGAUGCCAUUGAUAACGAAAAUACAGCUAUCACUAUGGCAGGUCCGUCUCAACCUGAUGCAGAUGAUUACGGAUAUGAAUCGCAAGAAGCUUCCGCAUUAUACAAUCAGUUAAUGAAUAAGUAUAAUAAUUUUCCAGAGAAACCCAUUUUUAAUGAUAAUGAAAAAAGAACACCAAAGGACAUUGCAACUACGAAAGACAGGGUAAAACAAGCUUUGAAGCAACAAGAGUUGGAGGAGAACAAUGGGCAUAGGCGAAAAAGGAAAUCAUCCGCGUUAAAUGCGAAGGAAACUCAGGUGGAUAAAAAACCAGAGAAGAGCAUUGACGACAAGGUCAAGGAAGAGGACAAGAGCAACAAACCAAAGCCAGAGAGAAAAAUGUUACCACCGCCUAUGGAGUUUGCGGAACUUUUAAAGCUCGCGGAGAAGAAACAACAUGAACCCGUAAUCAUAGAAAUUAAACCAAAAGUUGACGACGGGCGACCAAUGACGAAACGUCAGAAGAAGGAAUGGGAAUAUCUACAAGAAAAAGAAAAGAGAGAACGAGAGAGGGCGAAUUUACAAAAAACAAGUAAUACGAGUGUACCCAAAAAACCUACGAAAAUCCAAUUAAAUAAGAUUCCGAAGAAACUUGGGAAUCCUGAACCAAACUCGAACUCAACACAAAAUAAGAAUUCCCUUAAGGAUAUAGUAAGCGUCUCGAAAAAAGUUAUUGAUAAGCCCAAUGACAAACAUAGUCCGGGAAAAGCUCAAAGUAUACAUAAAGACGAUUUGUUAGAGGAACGAAGAAGAUUAGAAGUCGAGAAAAGACAUUUAGAGGAAAUGCGUCGCGCCAUCGAGGAGGAGAAAAGAAAAUUAGUGGAAACUAAAAGUAAACAGGCGAGCACAAAAUCUCAGCCACUUAACGUAAUAGCAGCCAAAUCAAAAACUGUAGAUAAGCAAGUAUCGUCCAAGAAUACUAAAUCAAGAUUAUUCCAAUCGGAAGACUUGAAGCCAUCUUCGUUCUUAAGUAGUAAAAAAUCAGGACAAUCCCCACCACUUAAUAUUAAGUCUGUAAAGUCUAAGCAAGUUGCGAAGAAGCCACUUACAUUUGAUAAAAAACGACGCAUCUAUGACGACAACGACGAUGAAUAUGAUUCCGAUUUGGAUGAUUUCAUAGACGAUGGAACAGAAGAAGAUCACGAGGAUUAUAGUAAACACAUUAGUGAGAUAUUCGGUUAUGAUAAAAAUAAAUAUCAACAUAUGGAUGACGAGGACGAUACUGCUAUGGAAAGCAAUUUUGCGCAACAACUGAAGGAAGAAUAUGUAUCUACUAAAAUAGGAAUUAUGGAGGACUUAGAAGACAUGCGUAUGGAAGCAAUAGAAAAAAAGAGAAAAGCAGCUCUUCUCAAGCAGAAGAAAUAAUGUGUAUCUAUAUUGUUUAUACGGUACAUAUCUAACUCUUUGCAUUCCGUAAAUUGUUUAACCAGCAAGCUUUGAAAACUGAAGGUAUUGUUUUGAAAAAAAAAAUAAACAAAAUGACCACUCGCAUUCACAUUAUUGCAACAGCAUUUGUUAAAUAAAUUGAUGCAUAUUGCGCACGCGGGAAUUAUGCAUGUAGCCUUAUGGUGCAAAAUACGCACAUCGCCACAGCGCCGUGUCAGUGGAGUGCAAAGGGUUAAUUAUAUACGAGAUUGUUUUAAUUAUGCAGAUGAUAAAAAGUUGUACCGUUGCUGUGCGUUGUAUGUGUGUAUGUUGCUCGUUAUUAAUAUAAAUAUAUUUUCUUUAAUUUAAUAAUUUAACAAUUAAUUACUUCGAAGAGCAUAACUUUAUCAUUGUUAUACAAUAAAAGUGAGAUGUAAAAGCGUCAAUUUUAUACUUACCGUAAUGCAUUAGUGUUUGAAAUAUUAUCUUAUCGAGGUGUAUCUGACGAAGUGCGUUUCUUAUAUCAGAAUAUCCUGUAUGUAUGUACAAAGUAUGUUAAAACGUAUGUCAAUGUAUUUUACACAUACUUAAAAAUAAGAAAACUUUUUGCGCGUGCAUAGAGAGAGAAGAGAGAAAAUAAAAAUUGUAGCAAACUAAA